UAAUGAGAACGAAAAAGAAAGCUUAACUCUUUUUAAACUCGUUAAAAAUGGAGUUAUUUACUGUAAAGACAUCUUAUACCAAUUAGGAAGAAAGAUUACACAUUGCAUGAAAAGCCUUUUAAAAUGUUUAUCUGUUUGAUAAUUGCUGACUACCUGUUGUAUGUAUUGUAUUUUGUGCAUAGACAUUCUUGUUGGUUGAAAAAAAUGACAGGUGGAAAGAUGUUGGUUUCUAGGUGAUAUAAAGUUUUUAAAACAUUUUUCUGAUUUUCCUGCAGUGACACGUGUUACAUAUGUCGUUUGUAUUUCGGGGGUAGGGGGGAACUGUGUGAUAAGUUGCUUGUGAUUCAGAAUCUUCCUGCUAAGAAGACUAGUGGGCAAAUGUUUCUGAUGUCCUUGAGUAAAAAGCUUAAGUUUUUUCAAGGCUGUUAUGCACACAAAAGGCACAUAAAAAUGUUUGCUAAAAUGAAGGAUGGUUAGCAUUUUUGAUCUUGAAUAGGCAUCUCACCAUCGUGCUGAAAGGAAGUCCGAUGGACAUUUGGAUAUUGUUCCGCCCUAAGUAGGAGUCAAACCGUUCCUGAUCCGUGUGCCUACUCCUCUCAACUAACAGCCUGAAUCCAGGCCAGCUUGCAACGUUAAUUUUAAUACCACGCUUGGUUUUCUUUUCUUACUUUUAUUCUUCAAGUUCUAAAGAACUUGAGAUACAUUCUGAAAUAACAAGAGACUACUUAACAUGUUCGUCUGACGGUUUUCAGUGUUCUCCCUGAUACUUUUAGAGUAUUUAGAACGUGAAGUGUGAAGCUUUGGGCUAUAUGAAUUCUGGAAGUGUACAAAAGAGGCAUUUUUUUACCAUCUACAGAAACUUAUUAUAAUUCAUUUUUCCUCACUCCAGUAGUAAGAAUUACACCAAAUUGAAAAGAUAUGAAUGAGUAUCCUAAAAAAAGAAAAAGGAAGACUCUACACCCUUCUCGUUAUUCAGAUUCCUCUGGAAUAAGCAGAAUUGCAGAUGGAUUCAAUGGAAUUUUCUCUGAUCAUUGUUACAGUGUCUGUUCUAUGAGACAGCCAGAUUUAAAAUAUUUUGACAACAAAGAUGAUGAUUCUGAUACCGAGACAUCAAAUGACUUGCCAAAAUUUGCAGAUGGAAUCAAGGCCAGAAACAGAAAUCAGAACUACCUGGUUCCCAGUCCUGUACUUAGAAUUCUAGACCACACUGCCUUUUCUACAGAAAAAUCUGCUGAUAUUGAAAUUUGUGAUGAAGAGUGUGACUCACCUGAAUCAGUCAACCAGCAAACCCAAGAGGAGAGUCCUAUAGAAGUUCACACUGCUGAAGAUGUUCCAAUUGCUGUAGAAGUGCAUGCGAUUUCUGAGGAUUAUGAUAUAGAGACAGAAAACAAUUCCUCUGAGAGUCUCCAAGACCAAACUGAUGAAGAACCACCAGCUAAACUUUGUAAAAUUCUUGACAAGAGCCAAGCUUUGAAUGUGACUGCCCAGCAGAAAUGGCCUUUACUGAGAGCUAAUAGCAGUGGCCUCUAUAAAUGUGAACUUUGUGAGUUUAACAGCAAAUAUUUUUCUGACUUAAAGCAGCAUAUGAUCCUGAAGCAUAAACGUACUGAUUCAAAUGUGUGUCGAGUGUGCAAGGAAAGUUUCUCUACCAAUAUGCUUCUGAUAGAACAUGCCAAGCUACAUGAAGAGGAUCCCUACAUUUGUAAAUACUGUGAUUAUAAGACAGUAAUUUUUGAGAACCUCAGCCAGCACAUUGCAGACACCCAUUUUAGUGAUCACCUCUAUUGGUGUGAACAGUGUGAUGUACAGUUCUCCUCAAGCAGUGAACUCUACCUACAUUUCCAGGAGCAUAGCUGUGAUGAACAGUACUUGUGUCAGUUCUGUGAACAUGAAACUAAUGAUCCAGAAGACUUGCAUAGCCAUGUGGUAAAUGAGCAUGCAUGUAAAUUAAUAGAGUUAAGUGAUAAGUAUAACAAUGGAGAACAUGGACAGUAUAGCCUCUUAAGCAAAAUUACCUUUGACAAAUGUAAAAAUUUCUUUGUAUGUCAAGUAUGUGGUUUUCGGAGUAGACUUCAUACGAAUGUUAACAGGCAUGUUGCUAUUGAACAUACUAAAAUUUUUCCUCAUGUUUGUGAUGACUGUGGGAAAGGCUUUUCAAGUAUGCUAGAAUAUUGCAAGCAUUUAAAUUCACAUUUAUCUGAAGGGAUUUAUUUAUGUCAAUAUUGUGAAUAUUCAACAGGACAAAUUGAAGAUCUUAAAAUUCAUCUAGAUUUCAAGCACUCAGCUGACUUACCUCAUAAAUGUAGUGACUGCUUGAUGAGGUUUGGAAACGAAAGGGAAUUAAUAAGCCACCUUCCAGUCCAUGAGACAACUUGAUUAUUCUAACUUACAGAAAGUUUAAAAUAAUAAAUUCAGCCUUUUUUUGGGGAUGAUUAAAUGGAUGAUUGUAAAUACAACUUAUGAAAUUUGCCUUUAACAGGUAACUUUUGUAAAUUAUAAAAUUUUAUUGGCAUUCCUCCAUUUUCAGUAUAUAAAUAUAUCUUUAAUGUGGUAUUUUCAAUUGCGUGAUAGUUUGUAGUUUUAACCACUCCUGGUGACUGUCAUCCUGUUUCUUGCAUGUGCUCGAUUUCAUGAAUUGAAAAGAAACAAAUGUAUUGAAAUGAGCUGCAGUUUUUCUUCCUUAACCGUGGGUGCUAGUAACUUUUUCUUUUUAAAACUCAAGACAAUAUUAGUUUUUUUGUGUAUGAAGUCAUUAAAUUAUUACACGACUAGAACUAAAAUGCAAUAUACAAUUAAGUCCACGGAUACUCUCAUUAAUAAGAAAUAACACUAGGAAGCCACUGUUAUUACAGGAAGAAAAGAUUUGGUUUUCAUGGCAGUCUGUUUUUUAAAAAAAAUUUUUUUGAGCCCCCGUCUAUUGUUGAAUAUUUUAAGAUGGGAUGAGGGAGGAACUAAUAAGGGCUUACACAAUAAUAAAUAACUAUCAUAACCCAUU